GUCACUUAAGCACUUAGCUUGAAUAAUUUUAUUAGUUAAUGCUCUUAAUGGUCUCAUCCUUGCUCUCACUUAUAAUUAAAGCUUAUCUUUGAGGUAUUGAGAGGUAGAGUUGAUGGGGAGACUAAUUAGUUUUGAGAGGGUGUUGGAGUGCUUCUCUUCAACAACAUCUUGCACUUCUUGUCUUUGUUUAAGUUCAUCAGUUGAAGAUGAAGAUAGUGAAGGGAUGGCAUUAAUGAAAAUUCAUGCAGAGCAAAUAGCAAAGCUUCAAGAUGUUGAUAAUGGAUGCAAGACUUUGGCUUUUCAUCUGGAACCCAAGACUGUUGUUUUAAGAGUUUUAAUGCAUUGUGGUGGAUGUGCAAAGAAAGUUGAGAAACAUAUUUCAAAGAUGGAAGGAGUGAGCUCUUGUGAAGUGGAUCUAGAGAGCAACAAAGUGGUUGUAAUAGGGGACAUAACUCCUUUUGAGGUUCUCAACAGUGUCUCCAAAGUCAAGUUUGCAGAGCUAUGGGUGUCUCCCCCUUGACCACCUUCUCAUAAAUAAACUUAACACAUAUUAUUUGCAAAUCAAUCAAGCUUUAUUUAUAUUAUUAUUUUCUAUCUUUCUCUAUGAUAAUUAAUUAAGUGAGACAUUAAUGAGAUGAUAAUUCAAAGUUUAAUAAGUCUUAUCAUCCAAUUAGUUUGCUCCUCAAAUAUUUGAUUAUAUAGAGUGUGUGAAAAAUUAAUGUUUGUUCUCUUAUGAGUAUGU